GCCGUUCAACUGUCGUCAUAUACAACAAUUUAUUGCAUUAUUAUUGCAGUGUACUGCAACAAGCAUGUUAUUAUUGUUGUUGGUUUUUCACUGCAAUAACGAAGGUGGUUUGUGUGAAUAAGUCUAUGGUUUCUCCCUCUUUCCCCCUUAAAACACCCACAUACAAUUACAAUAAGUAUAGCUGCUGCUUGAGAUAGUAAAAUAAUAACAACAACAAUUAAACACCAUAAAUGUAAAUAAAAAGACUUGAAAUAUAAAAAACAAUUACAGUGUUGCAUUUUGGCAAUAAAAUAAAAACAAACCAAAAGAAAACAAAUUAGCAGUUAUUUACCAAAAUUAAAGCCAAACAUAUAUGUACCUCAAUAAUAAAAUGAAAACAAAAGCUCUCUUGAAUUUAUAAUAAAAAGAGAACGAGAGAGAACUACUAGUGAUAGGUCAAUUUCACACAUAGUGUGAGUGUUUGUUUAACAAAUAGAAUUUUAAUUUUGUAAACAGGAGAAUAACAAAGUGUGAUACUUUAAUAUCCACUAGAGAGUGAAUGUGUAUGUCUAGUUUUGUAAACAAGUGUAGAAAAAGUGAGAGAAAAAAAAAACAAUUUCUUAUAAGGCAAAUGUAUUGAAAAAGCAAUUGUCAUUUUAGUAUUGAUACAGCUGUUAGAGGCAGCUUUCACACACAAUAUUUCUUCCAAAAAAAUAACGAAAAUUAUUAAAUAAUAAAAAAAGUUAUAAUAAAUAAAAAGCAAAAACAAUGUGACUUUAAAGUUGUAAAGUAUUUAUACAGAAAAAAACUGAAGUGUCUUAAAUAUUUUAACUAAAGUGUUAACAAAAAGAAAACUAAAAACAAAAAUUAAUUUUUUAACAAAAAAACUCACAAACCAAGUGCUUAAUAUUAUAAUAUAAACAAAAAAAACUAAACUACCAAUAUGCAUGGCAUAACACAUUUAUAUCGCCAGCAUGCCAUAGAAAAGCAGCUGAGCGCUGACUGCUGGCAAAACGGUGGCGGUGGUAUUGGUGCCGAUUCCAGCAGUCACCAUCAUCAAAAUACAACUUCCUAUGGCCGCAGUUAUGUACGUGAUAAUGUUAGCAUGAAUUCUACCUCGGAAUAUGGUUCUCUAAAAGGAACCAGCCGUUUGAGCAGCAUAGAUUCUAGUUCUAGCUCUAGUUCCUCAUCAAAUUCAAAAUCACCCAAUUGGUCUCAGGACAAAGUAAUUGAAAGUUUGGUUAAUGCCUCAAGUCCACAACCGGUGCCGGACACCCAAAAGUCGAUAACAAAUCAUUAUCGUAAUUCACCCACCCACAAUGGGGCACGCAGUUCCUAUGACAGCUAUGGCAGCAGUUUCAAGCGAACACCUUCCUCGAAACGCAGCAUUUUUGAAAGAUCACACAGUCCCGCCGUUUAUGGUAGUCUACGCAAACCAAAUCUACAGGAUUUUAAUAAUUCACCACCCAGCCAAGGUGGUUACUUCCCACACGAUCUUGACGACAUCUAUGAAAGUAAACAGGAUCAUCAGUAUUUCACCUAUUCGGGGCACUCAACACAGCGUCAAGAACGACCCAGCAUUAAUUCAAUAUUUCAUCGUGUGGGUGCCGCGCCCGCCUCUCUUGAUGAGUACUCCAGUAGUCCCAUGAGACAUUCUCUAGAUAGUGGCUGCGUGAAUAUACCACGCUAUCGUUUCGAUAAUACUAGUUUUGUUAAAUCUCUAAGUAUUAAUGAAGAUGAAACCUCCUCACCCAAGGAUCACAAACAUAAGCACAAGGAUAAGCAUGAGCAUCAUGGUCACCAUGGUCAUCAUCAUUCAAUACAGGAAUUACUUAAACAUUUUGGUAAAAAGGUGCACAUUUGGCCACGUAAAUCUCAUGAUAAUACAGCGAGUAGUGUUUGUACUUCACCACAAAAUGAUCCUCAGGAAAAUUUUCGUUCAAGAUCGAAAAGUUUAGAUGUCAAUACGAUUAAUAGACCCAAUCGAAUUUUAGAAGAUUGUGGUGCCACCUAUAAGAUAUUCGAUAAAAUUGUAAAAGAAGGUAAUUCAAAGGGUGCUCAUAUGCGUCGUGCUUCAGCUGAUUUGGAAAAACGACGUGCUUCAGUUGGUGCUGCCAGUCGGGGAUUACGUGGUGAUGGUACUUUAGAUCCACAUCAUGCCGCAAUAUUAUUUAGAGAUUCAAGAGGGUUGCCCGUUGCAGAUCCGUUCCUAGAGAAAGUAAAUCUCUCUGAUUUUGAAGAAGAUGAUUCUCAGAUAUUUGUAAAAUUUUUCCGUUUCCACAAAUGUUACGAUCUAAUACCAACCUCAGCCAAAUUGGUUGUCUUCGAUACACAAUUAUUGGUUAAGAAAGCAUUCUAUGCUUUAGUAUAUAAUGGUGUACGUGCCGCCCCCCUAUGGGAUUCACAGAAACAACAAUUUGUUGGAAUGUUAACCAUAACAGAUUUUAUAAAAAUUUUAAGAAUGUAUUAUAAAUCACCGAAUGCCUCAAUAGAACAAUUGGAAGAGCACAAAUUAGAUACAUGGAGAAGUGUUUUACAUAAUGAAGUUAUGCCAUUAGUUAGUAUCGGUCCCGAUGCUUCGCUAUAUGAUGCCAUUAAGAUACUCGUACACAAUCGUAUACAUCGAUUACCUGUUAUAGAUCCCGCUACGGGCAAUGUAUUAUAUAUAUUAACCCAUAAACGUAUAUUAAGGUUCCUGUUUUUAUAUAUUAAUGAAUUGCCUAAACCUUCUUAUAUGCAAAAGUCAUUGCGUGCUUUAAAAAUUGGCACCUAUGAUAAUAUCGAAGUGGCCGAUGAACAUACAAGCAUUAUAACAGCUUUAAAGAAAUUCGUUGAGCGAAGAGUAUCCGCCUUACCGUUAGUUGAUUCCGAAGGACGUUUAGUUGAUAUCUAUGCUAAAUUUGAUGUUAUUAACCUGGCAGCCGAAAAAACCUACAACGAUCUCGAUGUUUCAUUGCGCAAAGCCAACGAACAUCGCAAUGAAUGGUUUGAGGGUGUGCAAUGUUGUAAUCUAGAUGAGACCCUCUACACCAUACUCGAACGUAUUGUACGAGCAGAAGUCCAUCGUCUAGUGGUGGUCGAUGAGAAUCGCAAAGUUAUUGGUAUUAUAUCUUUAUCCGAUAUUUUACUAUAUCUAGUACUAAGGCCUAGUGGUGAAGGUGUUGGUGUUUCUGAUAUCUCGCUACGUGCAUCAGAUCCCAUAUUACAAAGGAAAUUGUCAGAUGAUGAAGAUGCCACUUCACUGGAUAAUAAAUCACCUUCAGUGGGUUCGGGUAGUCGUAGUCUUAUUGAAGAUAUACCCGAAGAAGAAGUGUAUGGAGGUGGAGAUAAAGUUUCAAAAGAGGAAGAAACUGAUAAGGUAGAUAUGGCAAAUACGGAUAAAGUUAAUAAUAAUCAGGAGCAGGAACAAGGCUCGGAAAUAGUUGUAGAACAAGGUGUUAAAGUGACAAAUGAUAGCAGUGGCCUACAGGCAGAAAUAUCAUUUGCCGAUGAAGCCGAAGAGGAUGCUAAUAGUAAUGAAGGGGCCGACAAUGAACAGGAGAGUAGGCAGACUGCCGAAGAAGAAGAGGAUGAGGAUGCUAAGGAUGUGAUAAGCGGUAAUUGUGAUAAUUUAAAAAAAUCAAACUCAGAUGAUGCAACGGCGGAAUUAACAACAACAUCAUCUGUUACCAGCGCUCUUAAGCAAACAACAGCUCGUGAAAUGGCUCUUGUUAGUGAAUAAACAUUUUACUUUUGAAACAACAAACAAAUAAAACAUAAUUAUUUAAUUAUAUAAUAAUUAAUAUUUAAUAUUUAAACUACACAAGUGUGAAUAUAUGAAAGGAUUGAUGAUAAAUAUUAUUGUAAACUUAACUAAAAUUAUACAGUUAUUUUCUUUAACUUUUUAUUUAGUUUAAAAUUUGAAUUUCUGUUUUCUUAAAAGCAAAGAAUUUAUCAUUGAAGGAAAUUUAAAAGAAAAUUCAUUAUUAUAAUUCAUUUCAAAGCAGUAGGCAAAAAGAUAAUUAAAAAAGUUGUUUAAGAAAAAUUAAUUCAUUUUUACAACAAAUUUAUUUAAUUUUUAUGCUUAAAUAGCUACUAAAAUAGUUUUUAUAUAAAGUAA